UAUUGCUGAACACUAGAAAAAAAAACCUCCAGGAUGCCCCGGUCUUUCCUUGUGAAAAAGAAAUGUGCUGCUUACCGAGCGUACCAGCCGAAGAGAUCAGAGCGGACUAAGUGGAGAGAGAAUGAUGUGGACGUGACUAACGAGAAGCAAACAUGGAGUGUUGAUACUCCAAAGUGUGCCACGGUACCUCAUCUCCGAUGCACUUUAGAAUGCGGGACAGCAACUCAAUUGAAAUUUCCAACGCCUUUGUCAAAAUCCAAAGAAACGGUUGCCGACCACAAGCAGGUGACAUCCACGCAAAUGCUUCCGAGCUCCUUUUAUGAUCCCACAACAAUGUUGCAACUUGGCAAAGUAAAGUCUCAACUCCACAACUUUCCUGGUGCCGGCAGCUUUGUCUGUUCAGUGUGCCACAAGAUGUUCCCCCUGCAGCGCAUACUGAUUCGACAUAUGAAGUGCCACAGCUUGGUAAAGAGGCAUCGUUGUCAGUUUUGUGGCAAGGGAUUUAACGAUACUUUUGACCUCAAAAGGCAUAUGCGAACACACACGGGUAUACGACCCUACAAGUGUGAGCUUUGCGAGAAGGCCUUCACACAACGUUGCUCACUGGAGUCUCACCUGAGGAAGAUUCACAGCAUUCACCAACAAUACGCCUACCGCCAGAGGCGAUCCAAAAUCUUUGUGUGUGAAGAUUGCGGUUACACGGCAAGUUGCCCAAAUGAGUACUACAUGCAUUUGAGACUAAGCCAUCCCAGCAGCCCUGCUCUCCGCAGGUACUAUCGCCACAAGGCACAAAACAACAGCUAUUUUCUGUCUGAAAAUGCCAAAGCAAGCCCUUAUUUGAUGUAUUCAGCAUUUUUUUUGUAA